AUCAUUAUCACCACUAUGACGGAUAAAAUGGCAGAGUGGAUCGGCGUGUCGACAUGCGUUGUCGCGUUGUUGUUGUCUCGAUUGCCUUGUGUUUGCCGAGAUCGUGUGUGGGUGCUGUAGGUGUUCUGUAGCUGUACUCGUUUCCGCGAUCGUACAGUGGCGCGUGAAGUGCUGUGCGGUGAACCACGAAGCAAUUUGUAGAACAUCUGUAGAACUAGCGUGCGCCGACAUCGUAGCGUGGGGCCUCCUCGCUCGCACGGCAGCCAUGGACGCGGGAAAAGAAAACCCUCUGGUCCUUUCGUGGCACGACACAGCGUGGUUGCCCGCGCUGGACCCGUCGAAUGUGAUGGACUACUUCUCAGAACGUAGCAAUCCUUUCUAUGACCGCACGUGCAACAAUGAGAUUGUGAAGAUGCAGCGCCUGAACCCCGACCAGUUGACCCACAUGACUGGCUUGGAAUACGUGCUGUUGCACGCACAAGAUCCCAUCCUGUACGUGGUGCGCAAACAGCAUCGCCACUCGCCUACCCAGGUAACACCGCUGGCCGACUAUUACGUGCUGGCAGGCGUUGUCUACCAGGCGCCGGACCUCGGCUCGGUGCUCAACUCAAGACUUUUGGGUGCUGCACAUGCGCUGCAGGGCGCGCUCCACGAAGCAAUGGGCUACGCGAGGUACCACCCGUCGCGCGGAUAUUGGUGGCACUUCAAGGACAACCCCGUUGCUACUACUACUGCCACGACGCCCGCCGCUACCGGCGCCGCGCCGAGCAACACAGGCGCGAGCCUGUUCCAGCGCCGCCGCGUUGACAUGCUGCUCGCGGAGCUGGCGGCAAAAUUCCCUCCAGAGCCGCCCAAGCCGGAGCCCGCCGACGUCAAGCCGGCGAAAACUGCCGACAAGAAGCAGACCCGGCCCGCAUCUUAGCGCACUAGAUGGUGCCUAGUCACUGCCUUUCUGCAAGUUCUCCCUGCUGUAAGAAGGCUGGGCGACAUGGUUUGUGCACAUGUGCCAUGAAGAAAGCCAGCCAUACCACCUGUCCUGUCUGAAGAGCAGUUCGAAAACCUGUUUCUAUGCAGCACUUCUGCUGAUUACAACAGUGUUUCAACUUGUUAUUCAAGUGUUGCUCUUGCAAGCAACAUGGAACAGCACAUCUGUGUAAUAAGUGCAUUCUGAUCUCUUCUGCAGUUGUGCAGAGCUGUACCUAAGGUAAUCUACUGUAGUACAAUGUUUACUUGCAUUGUACAUAAAUACAUAGCAUGCCAUUAUGUAUACAAUAUUCUCUCUCUCCAGUGACAGUUUCAAAAUGCAGACCUCCUCAUUCCUGUAAUUGAAGUAAACAUUAAAUCACUGCCAACUGGAAUAAUCCCAUGCUGCAGUCUGGCAGCCCUGUUCUCUGCACUACUGCACCAUAAUGAGAACAUUGCACUACAAGUGGUUAUUUUUAAUUGUGCAAACACUUGUGGAACAACUUUUGCAAAUAUUCCUCCUAUACAGUGUACACACUACUGCUGCUGGCCGCUUGUCACAUGUUAAGUGCUUUUUUUCUCUUGCUAUUAUGAUGAAACAGAUGGCAUAGGAAAUUCACUAUGCAGCUUGGCUCGGGACAUACCUACGUGCAUAACUCAUCACUUUUCCCAAUUUACAACACCUAGUCUACGAGUGACAACACACUGGCGCAGCUCUAUUGACACAGUGAUUAUACUAUGAAUGGAUUACACAAUAUUUAUUCGCUGCCCUUUCGUGCUCUAGGUGCUUCGGGAUUCCACCUCACUUCCCUUUACACAUUGAUGCACAAAAAUAGUUUGAGUUGUGCCCUUCAGUGGCACUAUCACAUUCAACAUGCAAGUCUAAAUAUUUUUAGUGGCAGAGCUUGUAUCCGAUGAUUGUCGGCACUCUGCAAACAUCCCACAACAGCCGAGCCGCCUGUUUGCAUGCCCUAAUAGCCGGCGAUGUUCUCGUGGAGCUGUGCAGUGUAACAGCUCGGUGGAUAAACAUACAGAAGGUCAUAGCAAUCUUGCUAUUGAGAAGGCACAUCCACUACGACUUCCAGCUGGUACAGAAAGUAACUGUUUUUCAUUAAUAAAUUAUGACUCUAGGAA